UUUUUUUUUCUUUUUCCUUUCAUCAUCACAUACUCAAUCAAGAAACAACUUCCACAACAGCUUUAUAGCUAAAACAGCCAACCAACUAACCAACCAACCAAUCAACUAUUUCUACAACAACAACAACCACAACUAUGUCUGCUUCAAUUGCCAACACCAACUCUGAGAUUCAGGCAACUUCCCCUGUUCCAGUUGUUGCCUUUGCUGAAGAACCUGACCGUCGCGGACGUGAUCACUCUGUGACACCCCUCAUUGAAGAAGAAAUUGUUGUUGAUUCAAUUUCUACAGAGGCCAAGACCAAGAAAAGCUAUCGUAACUCAUUGACAGCUUUUGCGGAACGUAUUCGUUCUCGUUCCAGCUCCCGUCAGCGUGGCGCUGAUGACCUCUCCAUGAGCCGUACUUCCACUCAAGCCUCUGCCUUCUCUGUCAAGUCUACAUCGUCUCGUAAAUCCUCAAAAUCCGGUUCACGAUCCGGCAGAAACUCCUUGGAUAAUGACAGCUCUCCUUAUGCGGACGUUGUUCGUGCACAGAGCGAGUUCAUGGAGAAGUUGAGAGCAGAGCAGGAGAAGAACGGUGUCACCCACAAUGCCGAUGGUAUUCCUAUUCCUCCCUCACGCAACGGCAGCAGACGCUCAAGUAUCACUCACAUUUUGGGAUUCGACAAACCCUUGUUGGCCUUCUAAAGCAAAAGCUUUUUAUUUUAUUCCUUCUUCUCUCUAAUUAAUAAUGCUCAGCUUACAUUGCACACCCAAGAUACCAUUUGAGCCAUUGUUUUUAUUGCACUAGUCAUUUUUUCUUUCUAAUAAAUCGAAUUGCAUUUUUGUUAUUA